GUAACAACUUUAUUCACAAUAUAUUUGAUUUGAUUUGAUUUAAAAAUUUUGAAAGUUUGUAAAAAACAAUGAGGCAAGAGCAACGAGAACUAAUUGCUGAGCUUAUCAGUGAAAAAAAAGAUUUACUUUUUGCAUCAUUUGAUAAGUCAAAAAAUAUCACUAAAAAGUCCAAGUCUGAACUUUGGAAACAGAUUUACAAUGCUUGCAUCGCAAGAGGGAUUGAGCUCAAAAGUGUGGAACACCUUCGUACAGAUAGAAUCAAAAGAUCAACCAUGAGGAAAGUGAGCCUUGGAAAGCAGACUGGCUCUGGAGGUGUCUUGCUGAGCAAAUUAGACAACACUGUGCUCUCUAUUCUUGGCAAGAACUCUGCUUAUCUUCAGGGCCUCAAUCAAGAUGAUGAUCUACCCAUCAUGCUGUCUCUUGAAGGCUCUGAUCCAAGGCAUAUCCAGCUUGAUGACAGUUUAGAUCCGUCAACCUCUACAAGUGUUGAUAAUUCAAUUUCUAGGCCCAACAAUUUGAUUUCUGAAGCUAACUCUGCAGAAGACGAAAAGGAUUCUUCAGAUAAGAAAAAUCGCAAAUGCAUGGGUCUAAUUUCCCCACUUUGGUGUGACAAAGAGUACAAAUCUGUCAAAAUGAAAAAAGUUUUAUCACACAAGAUAAAAAAACUAAAAAACUGAUAAAACUUGUGUGACAAGUCACACAAGUUUUGCCUUUCACAGGCUUUUGCUCUUCAAAGCCUUUCACAGGCUUUGCUUUUCACAGGCUUUUGCUCUUCAAAGCCUUUCACAGGCUUUGAAGAGCAAAAAAACUGAAUUCAGCUCAUGGAAGCCAAACAGAAGUUUUUCGAGUCACAUAUUCUUGUAAAUAAAGCAAAAGUGUUAAAACUUAAUUGCGAGGCAACUGAGGCUAAAGAACAAUCAGAGUUUUUUAAAGCUGCCCGACUUUCAAUUACAAAAGAUGUCACCUUGGAGAUCAAGGAUCACACAACAAACACAGUUAUGAAAAUUGGCAUUUAGAUAGCACUAAAAUUGUUUGAUUUUUUCAAAUUUAGCUUAGAUUUGUUUUGGUAUUUAUUUUUUUAUAAGCUCUAAAUUAUUUGUUGCAUAAUUUAUUUUUUACGCAUUUAAUUCAUUUAUAAUUUUGUUAAUAGUUAUUUUUUCAAAUUAAAUAAAUCUAUUAUUAGUUUCUUUGGAUUGAGAAUCUAAACCGUCAAAAUUUUCCAAAAAAAAAUUCAAAGUUUAUUAUAAAAUAUUUCUAUAUAUUUUUCUAAUGUUUUGAUUAACAGUCUCAUUAUACAAACCGCCAAUCAAAUAUGAACUUGUUUAUAAACAUUUAGCGAUAAUGUGUAUAGAAGAAGAUAGUUUUUAAACAUAUUUUCUUUCCAGUUUUUUGAAGAUCGGAGACCAUAUUGUAUAUUACAUUUGAUAGUCUGAACAUAAAAGGUCGUCCAUAAAGUACGUACGCUAAAAUUUAGAAGUUUGACCCUCCCCAAUUGCCAUGCAUACUUUCAAAUACCCCUUCCCCUAAAAAGUACGUACGUUUUUUUAUUCUUCUUAUCAUUAAAACUAAGAAAAAUUUUUAAAAUUAAAGCAUGCGUUAAAUUAAACUCGAUCAAUACCUCCCUACCCCAUUACAUUAUUGAACCUUUUUUGCCGAUCCCUCUACCCCCUAAUCUCCCUUAAAUACUUUUAUAAUACAUAUAAAACCCUUGAUUUUGGAAAACAAAUCAAAAUCUAUUGAUAGCUUAUAACUUAAUAUUGUUUAAUAUCAGUUAAAUCAACAGGAAUUUGAUAAAACAAUGGUUAAUAGUAAAGCUAAAAUCACGAGGUACCAUCUUAUUAUUUUAAUUAAACAAUCUUUAAAUAAAAUUUCACACUUGUGUGUUUACCUAAUAGACUAGUGCUUUUUCAAUAGAGUAUUUGGACUCAACUAUAAAAAACUACGGUAC